AUGGAAAACAGAAAUGUGAAUUAUGAGCAUGAACAGCAAGCAAUUGGGGAAAGCGAUUUGGCAACCGAAGGAUCAUUGAGCCUAGCGCCAGGUGCUGAGCGACAUAUAGCAAUGCAAAAUGGUGCAGGAGCAGGAGCAGCGGGGCCAAGUGGAAUCAGUUGUGCUGCAAUGCCCGGUGUUAAUGUACUGGAUUAUAGCAUUGAUUUCCCGGAAUUGCCCGAUACUGCGCAUGCCGGAGCUGACAGCCUACUCGGUGGCGCCUGGAAUAAACCACCAGCAUUUCGUUCGGAGAAAAGCACCCGUACAAAUCAUACGGUGGUUCUGCAUUUUCCGUGUGACCAGCGUGCUUCGAUGACCGGCGAGAAGAGUUUCGGGAAUGUGAAUGCUGAGCAGCAGAAGUGCAACGAGAUCGCCAAUGCCACUGCUACACAUAUUGAAGUUUGCGAAGCCAAAGAUCAUUCGUUGACAGUUCUGAUCACUGGAAAACGUCCAAAAGUGGAGGAGGCACGUUCACGUGUUGCACGUGAGCUACAGACUCAGACAACCCGUGAAAUUGCGAUACCGAAGGAGCACCAUCGUGUCCUGAUUGGAAAAGAAGGGUCGAAAUUGCGUCAGUUGGAACAGGAAACGGAUUGCCGCAUAAUGGUACCGGGCCGUGAUGCGCCAAGUGAUAUCAUCAAAAUUGUUGGUCCACGUGAGGGCAUUGAACGGGCUGUACACGAACUGCAGCUAGUCAGUGACAAGCAGUCAAAGUUGGCCCAAGAACAUCUGAUGAUACCACGUAUCUACUACCCGUUCAUCCGUGGACCAUUCAACGAAACGAUCGACGAGCUGGCUGCAACAACUGGUGCCAAAAUCAACAUCCCACCACCAUCUGCCGCAAGCGAAGUGAUCGUUGUGACCGGUGAAAAAGAGGGUGUCCAUCGUGCAGCUGCUGCGGUGCGCGAAAUCUACGAGAAAAUGAAAGAGCUCGCAAAACCGGUUACCUGUCAGGUGGCACGUGCCCAACAUCGUUACAUCAUCGGACCGCAACGACGUGGCUUGGCGGAAAUCCUGAAAGAAACUGGCGUAAGCGUGGAAGUGCCACCGGAAGAAGAAGACUCCGAUACGAUAACGCUACGUGGCGACCCGAGCAAACUGGGCGAAGCAUUGGCUAUGGUUUAUGCAAAAGCCAGUAGUGUUAUUACGGCCGAAAUCACAUGCAAACCGUGGAUGCACAAAUUUCUCAUUGGACCCAAAGGCAGCACCCUGCAAACAUUGGUUCCGAACCGGGAUCGAGUACAGAUUGGUUUCGAGAAUGAUGGCCUGAUAUAUUUGGAGGGAUCGCCAGAAGAUGUGAAAAAAGCCCAAGCAUCGUUGCUGAACGAAAUCGACCGUCUCACCGAGGAAAUGUCUUCGGAAACGAUCAAAGUUCACCCCUCGCUUCAUCGACAUGUUAUUGGCCGAGGAGGUGCACUGAUUUCCAAAAUCAAAGAGGAAACCGGUGUCCAGAUCACUAUCCCACAUGAACAGACAAAUUCGGACGAGAUCAAAAUUGAGGGAAACAAAGAGGGUGUCAAAAGAGCAAUUGAUGAAAUUGAAGAAAUUGUGAAGAGAUUGGAGAACGAAAAAACACGCGACAUACUGAUCGAGCAACGCUUUCACAAACAGCUAAUUGGUAGCAAAGGUGAAACUGUGCAAAAACUCCGUGAACAAUUCCCCUCGGUCAUUAUCUCAUUCCCAGAUCCAGGCAAAAAAUCGGAUAUUGUCAGCCUGCGUGGUGACCGAAAUGAAGUGGAUAAGGCAUACAAACAAUUGACAGCAAUGAACAAAGAACUGGUAAGUCUCAAAUUACAAAAUUUUUGUAGCAAAAUGAAAGAAAAAAUGAAAAUAGGUAGUAUGAGAUAUUGA